AUGACAAAGUGCAUGCCUAAAAUUGUAGCGGACUCGGACAAUACUCAAGAAGGUGAAGUGGGAAACAUGGAUACUCAGGUUGGAGAUGUGGGGACGCCAGUGGAAGGUACGGGGCUUGAGAAGCACAAGGAUGCAUCUGAUAUUAAAGGCCCACAGAAGAAACACAAAAUUCUUGAAAUGCAACAAAGAAUUGGCAGAAUUGGCAAGCAAAGUUGCUCUUAUGUGGUGGUAACUGUUCUCUGGCUUAUUAAUUUGAUGAUGGUUAAUAUGCCGGAAGAAGUAACAAAAGAUUGGUGCUGCAGUGAUGUCGAACCUGGAAAAGCCCAAGAAGGUGAACCAGGAGAUUCAAUGGUUUCUGUAGAAUUACCUGAGUCACCAAAGACAGAGAAAACCACUAAUGAAGCGAUGCUGCAAGCUGAACAGGACGGGAAGGCCUUGAACUUGGAAGAUGUGGUGGUUGAAUGUCAGAAUCAACAGGAUGCUAAAAAGCUCAUCGAUGAUCUCAGAAAUAAAAUUGAGCUACUAAAAGCUGAAAAUUUGGAACUGCAGACUGACAUUGGUGAGGUUUCUAUGACACUCAGAAAUACAAAUCUGGAGGCGGACAUUUUGAAUGAGGUAUUGAAAGUAAAAGAAGGGGCAGAUAGAUAUACGAGGCCUAAAUCUGCCAUGCAAACUUUAUCAGCUCGGGAUGUGCUACAUGAAAUAAAAGAAACUGAAAGCCUAAUUAGUCAACCAGCGAGCCUACUCCCUGAACAGCAGGAUCAAAGCCAGUUGGAAGCACAAAAGUCAGAACUUGAGAGGGAACGUGAAGAAUUGCGACAAGAAAGUCGUCAAAUCCAGAAAGAAAUAGAUUACUUACGGGACCGUCACAAUGAGUUAGUUGGAAUGAUUGAAACUGCAAAAACUGCACACAAGGAGAAGGUAGAAGAGAUCAGGAGGGACCUAGUUGACUCCGAGGAAGAGUGCAAAGUAAUUAAAAUAUGUAACGAUGGAUGGUCAGGUUGGAUGCUAAAAUUGGAAGAAGAGUGCAGGGAAAUGAAAGAAACGGCAGAACCCAUGAUACGUUCUAUGAAUGAUGCGGUUCUCCGUCUGGAAUCAGAAGUUGUGGAACGGUUCAGGAAUAUCCAGAUGCGGUUAUGUGCCUGCAGAAAGGAGCUUCAAAUAGCAAAGGCAAAGUUGGCACUGCACCAUGAUAAUCAAGGACUGGCAAUUGAGAACGAAAGGAUUGAGAGGGAACUUCAGGCUAUGGGUCUGACUGUUUUAGAGCUUCUGAAGCAAGGACGACAAUUAGAAGCCGAGCUAUAUGAUGAGGAAGGAAUCAAUAGGAUGCUGGCCAUUUUGUACUCCAGGAAUGAUGAUUCUGAAGUCCAAGAAGGGGGAGCUGGUGACGUAGUGGCUUCUGGUGGCAUAUGUCAGUCAGAAGAGGCAGAGAACACCACAGAUAAAGAGAUGUUGCAGGCUCUGCAGGAUGAGAAAGCUUUGAACUUGGAAGAUGUCGCAGUUUCAAGUGAGAAGCAACAGGGUUCUAGAAAGAUUGUGGAUGUUCUUAGAAGAGAAGUGGAAUGGCUUGAAGCCGAAAAUAUGAGACUGCAGAUUGGCAUUGAUAAGAUAAGUAACAUGAUAAUAGAUACCAAUCUGGAGGUGGACAAUUUGAACGAGGCACUGAAAACUUUGGAAGGGGCGGAUGAAUUCGUAAGGCCUGCAUUUGCCUUGCAAACUUCGUCAGAUCAGGAUGUGCUGCAUGAAGCAGAAGAAGCUGAAACCUUGAUUGGUCAACCGGAAGUAAGUCUGUUCCAGCAGCAGCAAGAUCAAAGCCAAUUGGAAGCACAGAAUUCAGAUCUCGAGAAGGAGAUUCAAGAAAUGCGAAAGCAGAGUAGUCUUAAUCAGAAAGAAAUAGAUGAAUUGCGGGUCUACGGCAGUGAUUUAACUGAAAUGAUCGAAACUGCUAAAACUGCACAUGGAAGAAAAGUUGAGGGGACUUGGAGGGACAUAGAAAACUACAAGCGAGAAUGCAAAGCGCUUAAACUAUAUAUUCAGAGAUGGUCAGAUAGGGCCGGAACCUUGCAAGAAGAGUUGAGGCAAAUGAAAGAAAUAACAACGCCCGCAAUUCAUUCUCUGCAUGGCGCACUUCUCAACCUGAAAUUACAAGUUGAGGAACAGUUUAGGAAUAUCCAGGUGCGGUUAUCUGCCUGCAGAGAAGAGCUUCAAACACAAAAGGCGAGGUUGAUGACAGUGCAUGAUGAGAAUGAAGAAUACACAACUAUGAACCGUUGGAUGGAGAGGGCAGAAUGGGACAUGGUUGUAGUUGGUUUGCAGAUGGAUGUGGAGUUGGAGGAAAAAUCAGAAUGGGGACUACAUGAUGCGGAAAGAGCGAAGAAAAUGGGAGAUGUGGCCGAGGCUGAGAAGAUGCUGGAGGAUCUAAAGAUGAGAGAAAAGGAUCUGGAACUCAGGAUGUCGUCUCUGAAGGAGCAAAAGACAAAUCAUAUGGUGGUUUUGUCGCUGCAGUAUGAACAAUAUGUUCAAGAUUGCCGUAAGCUCUGCCAACUUAUUCAUAGAAGCUGCAGCAAAUGGGAGAAGUUAGGACAGAUGUUGCGGCAAGGACCGAUCUAA